UUUUAAAACCCUUUGAGCCCCUCUCUCCAUGUUCUGUUACUGCUGAUGCCAGCAGCCGGCCAUUGUGAUGCCAAAAGCAUCGUUGAAUAUCAAGAUUCUAAUCCUUUUGUUGCUGCUUUUCUCUGUUUUCACUGAUGGUUAAAAUCCAAGAUUUCUGCUGGGGAGGAUUCCUGUCUGCAACAACUCUGAGGUGGUUAGUAACCCCGCAGUUCAUAUUGGGCCGGGAGGUUUCAUUAAUUCGACAGGGCUCUUCAGAAGAACUAAGUUUUAACUCUCGGGGGAUGGGCUGAUAUUUCUCUUGAAAGAGAAUAACAGGAGAAUACACUUCUGUGGGCCACGUCCGUCAGCCCUUAUUCUGACCGCUGAAGGGAAUGGACUGGAUUCAGAUCUUAGUUAGCCUGAUGUACAUCGAAAAUGACAAGUAAUCCUGGCCGAGUUACUCUGGAUCUACACCAGCAAAACUCAGAGAGAAUCCAACCGAAGGGGAGUUUGGAGUAAGGAUUUAGCUUGCUUAAACUAAAUGUCUGACCUAUUUUGUGACAUGGCUGAAAGGAGUUAACAUAAGUCUGUGGGCCUGAUUCUCCUCUCACUUUCCUCCGUUUUACAGCACUGUAACUCGACUUCAGUGGAGUUACUCUUGGUUUUUGCUCUUACUUACACCAGAAUGACUAAUGAGUGACACUACUGCAAGUCAGUGGAAGUUAGUCUUGUAUGCAUCUGGUGAGAUGAAUCAGGUCCUAUAACUUGAGGGCCCAGUCCAGUUCCAUUAAAGUCAAUGGCAAAACUUGUGUUGACCUCUAUGGGAGCAGGGAAAUGGGAGGGGAGGAAGAGGACAAAUAAUUUUAAAAGUUACACUGUGGAGUCCAUUCUCUGUCACGCUGUCGAACUCCGUUGGCAUAAAUGGGCAUAAUGUAUGUGCUCAAGGUCGUCUCAUACGUCUAGUGAAUUAUCAGUUUUGAUGGCUGCUUUGUUGGAUAACAACUAGCAAGAAUAUCUAUCUAAGCAUCUUGAAAUUCACCAGGUAGCCCUCAAGGCUACUCACUUGUGAUCUGACUGAAGACCAUCAAGCUGGCUGCUAUUGCGGCGCUGAGGAAUAUAUCCUGCUAUUUUUUCCUGAUGCUUCUUUCCAGAUGUUAUGGGCUGAAGAAGGGUCAGUGAUGACAGUUCUGAGGCUACUUUAAUAAGGCUGGAUUUUCAUUGAUGUCAUAGUACGGGCUUAUAAUAGGUUUAGAGUUCUUUAUUUAAUGGCCUGACUUAAUUAGUCCCCCUGCAACUAUGGAGUGACGCAAAGAAUUAACCUAUGUAAACAACCCUGCUCAGCCCUCCUUUUUAAGAUACCUCUUCUGAAUGCCCUAAUUUUGGUUCAGGAUAUUGUAUUUUCUCAAACUUAUCUUGUAAGAAUGAGGUUAUAAAGAGUGAAAGUCAUCCUAGUACAGAGGGCCUAAACAAGGCCCCUUGUUACAGGUCUAGUGGUGUACUGGAGUUUAUACAGGCCCCCUUGGGAUUGAGGUGACAUUGAUCCCAAGAGUUAGCCAGGAUUAGUGUGCAAAGGCUGGAUCCUUCAGGGCUUUCUUCUGCAAAGCUUCAUUAAAGUCAGUUGGAGCCUUGCCUGAGUAGGGAAUGCAAUAUCAGGCCCUAAAUGAGUGUAAGUGAAUGAAGACAUCUGACAUGGUGGAUUUUAUUUAUACCCACUCUGCAUGGGUGUGAAGGACUGCACAGGGCAUGAGUCUCAUCUCAUCUAUGCUGAUGUAAUUCCAUUGACAUUAGUGGAGUUACUCUGGAUUUGCACCAGUGUGAGUGAGGGGAAAAUCAGGCCUCUAUGCCUUUGAUAGGUUUCUAUUAACACUCAGUCAAGACCCUGUUGUAUGCUCCUUAUAAAAAUAACUGUUUCAUAAUAAAUAAAACUUGAGCCAGUAUCAGUGGUAGAAUAAAAAAAAAACCCAGCAAGCAACUGCCUGGCAGAUUCAGUUCAGAGGUUCUGUUUCUUCUGAAGAAGCUCAUAAUGUGGAAGAACAGCUGUUGUACCUCAAAUCAUAAUAAUGAAAAAAAAAUCCCAGCAGAGAUCUUGGAUGUUUUUAAAUGUUGGACUCGUAACGGUGUUGGCAUCUAAGCAAAAGACACUUGCAAGGCUCAUUCUGGGAAUUUUCUAGCAUGAGCUAGAUCCACCUGUGUCUGAAGACAAAACACUUUCAUGACAUUUGCAAUAAUUUUUGGCCUACCUCUCAACUGUGACAGAAAAUCAUAGAGAUGGGGAAAGGCCCAUUUGGUAUGGGGUGAGAACAGGUGUCCUAUCAGGGGUUGUUCCUUAAAUAGAUUUAAGUAUUUUGUUUAAUUCAGCUGGAAAAGCUGAAGGAGUAAAACUGAAUAUCCGUGGUUAGAUUUUUAAAUUUAAUACGCUGUGAGGGUCUCUUGUUAAUGUUGCAUCUGUUGCAUUUGGCUGCAUGUUAGUUGCUGAAUUCCAAGAAAAGCAACAAAUAACAUCAGGUGGGUGGUGAUUAUUGAGUAGGGGCAGGGGUGUGUGUGACUGCUCAGUGUUCAAUACACUAGGCAUUCAAAGGCAGAGGGAAUAGUACCUGAUGAUGAAAUAAUUUAUAGGCAAAGAAGUCUUUUUUGUCUUUAAAUAUCACAGAUGUGUUCCAUUUGAGAGGUAUAGUAUGAAUUGCGAUGUCCACUUAUUGCACCAAACUAAGGAGCUGUUAACUGGUGUUUUGGGAUAUGAAUGAAGAGAGCUGUUCACUUAAAAUACUAUUUUAGCACAUAAAACAUGCACUAUAUUAUGCCCAUCUUGCCGUUGUGCCUCCAGAGUAUGUUGCUAAAUAGGAUCUGGCUGGGUCUGUACCUGAAUAGGAAUCCUCCAAGGAUCAUCUGAGGUUCUUCUGCAAAAUUACAUAGGGAAGACAAAAAUCUCAUCUUGGGUAGACCCCAAAUCCAGGUAGGGAAAGGUCAAGAUAUUUUGCAACUCUCCCUACAACAUGACUGCACUGUCCUUGCAAUAGAGAGGGAGAACAAGUUCCCUUCUAAUUGAGAGAGGAAACGAAGUCCCAGUGCUAAAGGUUCCUGCUGGAAUAUAUAGAAUGCAGGUGAAUUAACAUAAAACAAAGCAAACGGGUACAAAGCGGAAUGUGUGUAACCCAGGAAAACACUCUGCAGGCUGGAAUGAGUGGGUCUCAGAAUAGAAGGCUCAGUCUUUCACUCUGGGUGAUACCCACCCCAUAUGGAAGGUCACUUGCAAGGCACUCUGGUGUUCUUAAGUCCUACAUAAACCCUAUUUUCAAGAGUUAAAUGGGAUUUAAAUGGUACAUAGGCUCUUGCAAGUGGGUCUUCUGCCCCAGGCUUAAUUUCAGUUGCUGAAAACCCAGAACCCCAGUUUUCAAUGGAAUGCCCAAUACAAGAUCUGGUGCCAAGUCGCUUGUAACAUACAAAACUACAUUCAAGCCUAGUACAAACCCAUUAAAGUCAAUGGUGUUACAAAGGGAUGAAUUUUGCUCCAGAGAAGAAAAUGAGCGAUUGAAUAAAAUGAUUGAAACUGGCUUCUUACCGUUGGCUGCUGUUUUCAGUUCCCAUAGUUGCACAAAGGUGGACAAGUUAGGGCGGGGGCAUUUUUUUCUUUUGUUCCUGCCCCUUCCCUCCCGUUUUGUGGGGUUUUUUUGUGCGUAUAGGCGGCCUUCUAUUUCUUUGAUAAACAGUGAUAUUGGAGUCUUUACAUUACUGAGAUGAAAAGUUAAAGUGCAAUUAUAAUCUAUUUAAAAACGUUAUUUCUUUAUUGCUGUUCCCAAUCUCCAACCAGCAGCACAAUUAAAAAAGCACUCGAGAUAGAGAGACAAGACUCUCUUCCCUUGGUUGUAUCUACUGAAUUGUGUGGGAGUGCAUGGGUGUAAUCUUGUAAACAGCCUUAUCCCUGCAAAUAUAAUGAGCCAGUAUCACCAGUACAUUUUGCAUCACCACACCACAGUCUUCAACAACCAUUUAAACCAAGUUUGCUGCAUAAAGGAGCUAGGUGCUGCAAACUUGGUUUAAAUGGUUGUUGAAGACUGGUUUAUUGCUGCUUUUAAUCAUUGUAACAGUACAGAGCAGCCAAAGUGAGGUGGCAAAUUUGGUCCCAAAUCUACAAAUAGACAUGCAUUUAAUUCAUAUGGAAUCACCUUGAUUUCUUGUAUGUUACUUCCCUCUCUUUCCAUGGUGUCUGUAACCUAUGACAUUUCUCUUAGCUUGUGGUAAAAGAACCCAGCCUACAAAAAUGGAACAGAUGCUAAAUGAACCAACAGCCCAGCUGUUCAGCUUUUGAUGGUUACAAAAGAAUCUGUCCUUUUAGAUUUCAUUUCUUACAGAAUAUUUUUCAGGAAGUUCAUUUGAAAAGUUAGAUGUAAUUGACUGCUCCCCGCAAGCCCUAAGUACAGAAAACAUUUUCACCUUGGGAGAUCUGUUAGUAGAUAUCUCAUUUCAGUGAUUUGUGAGCAUUACUUCGACAAUCAGUUUGGUUUUAGUCAAUCAAACAUUUCAAAUGCACACGCUGAUGUAAAUGGUGCCUCUUCUAACCACCUUUUUGCUGUGUUUUAUGUUAAUCUAAAUGGGGUUGUUUCUAAUGUGGGGUAAAUAGACUUCGUAGACCUCCAGGUGCAUGUUUUAUCUGCUCAAGUAUUAGGUUUAAGUGGACUGUUCCCUCUGUUCCUCUGACUUUGCCUAGAAUGGACACAGCUUUACAGUUUUGAUGGGAUGUUUAACAGUUAUUUUUAAAAACUAACUUGUGCUUUUGUACAAAGAUCAAGCAAGUGAGCAGGCCGCUGAAGUUUAAAAAAAAUAAGCCUGACUGCAGAUGGUACCUCCAAAUGGGGGCCCAAUGGCUGCCUCGUGGGAAGCUUGUUUUCACGAGAGCAAGUGCUAGUGAAACUUUGAUAAAGAUGUGUCUUACACGAUACUGGCUUUUACUGUAUUGUCCCAGUAUGAGCCUUGGGAGGGCUUGAAGGGAGGGCGGUAAAGCCGUAUACACCAAUCUGACUCGUUUCACAUUGAUGGCUUUUGCUCUGACAUGCUGUUUUCUUUCAGAUGAAGAAUCUCAUGAACUUGCCUGGCUUUGGAAACACGUCAAGGGCAGGGUGCAAAACACACUAGUAGGACAUGACCCUUAACCUUUUUCUCUAAAGAGUAGCCCUAUAGGUAUAUUUCACCACUUUAAGAAGCUGUUCCUGAGUGAGCAAGCAGGCCGAGCCCAGGCUCUGGAGUUUGUCCGCAAGAAUGUCGCCAAUGCCCUCUCUGUGGCUAACCUGAUCAUGGGUCUGUCUUCCAUCCUCUGCAGUCUAAAUGGGCAAUACCACUGUGCUUGCUGGCUGCUCCUGAUUGGGUUCCUGCUUGACCUCGCUGACGGAGCGGUUGCUAGGCAAUUGAACGCUUGCUCAGCCCUGGGUGCCAAGCUGGAUGACUUUGCUGACUUCACGUCAUUCGGUCUGGCCACAGCUCUGCUGCUGCAGGCUCACGGGAUCCUGGAUGGCUUGCUGGCGAUGGUCUAUGUGCUCGCAGUCUUUACCCGCUUGUGUUUCUUCUCGAGUGGAAUCCCUUUCAUGUACCGAGGCCUGCCCUGUCCCUAUGCUUCUUCCCUCCUGACGGGCACAUACCUCUUGACAGGGGGCAACCUUGUGGUUCUACGGAUUGUGGCCAUGAUAAUGAUCCUGUUCAUGGUUGACCAGGGCUUCUAUCCCCAUGACAAAGUACUGGAGUCCCAGCUCUGGAAAAAGAUGGUCUAUGCAGGGGGUAUCCUGAUGGUUUUGUUCUCUUCCUAUUCAAUAGUCUCUCUCUACUAUCUCGUUUGGUCUACUACUUACAUCUUCUUUCCAGUCGCCUUGUGGAGCAGCAAAGUUUAACUGCACGCUUGAUAUUGUGUAGAUGACAGCUUCAUGUGUCACCAUGAUAACCUGCCAAAGGCAACACCUGUGACCUAAAUGAAGACUUAUCCUGUGUUAACAUCCAUGAGUUGCCUAAUCCUUACUAAAGGUUCCAUCAUUGAAAUCAUCUAUACUUGAAAGUAACAGCGACUUGUCACUUCAAAUAACACUUUCAAACUGGAGUGGUAGGAAGUACCUGUGUGUUAACGCCGCUCCCCUGCCUGUUUCAAAGUGUCCAUGUCGUGCCUGCUCUCUGACACCACGUGUAAUAACUAACAUGAAGUUUAACGCUUGUUAAUUGGGGAAACUUCAUUUAAACUCUCCCAGAUAUUGGAGGGUUUGCUGAAGUUGGGAGUACAUAUUCCUUACAAAAAGAUACUGUAUGGACUUAAGUUGAGAAAUUCAUUUUCAGAUUUUUAUUAUGCUUAAAAUCAUGAAUUUGUAAAGUUAUUUGCUUCUUCUAGAGUUGUAGGGCAGUAGACACCCACGCUGGGGGUUCCUCUAACGACCCCACAGGCCCAACCUCAGCUGUGACUCUGGAAGAGGCCCAGGAAGGCUGGGAUCAGUAUCAGAAGCACUGAGAUUGGUAUCUUAAGCACUGAGAUGUUGAUUUGAAAACUGCUGCUUAACACCUUGAGCCAGUGGUGCCCAACCUUAUUAUACGGGUGGGCCACAGGAACUUAAGCACGACCCUUGGGUGGGCCAAACAGAUUUGACAGAUUUUAAUCAGAUUUCAAGGCAUCUGUAUUGAUUUAUAUUUGAAGUUCUGCUUGUUUCAUAUGUAUUUAGCGAGGUUGUUUCUAUGUACAGUAUUGUCUAUUUACACACUCGUGUAAACUAAAAUGAUGUAACAUGAUGACAAAACGCUAAUGAAUCGGCCAUUAGUAUAUUGUGUUGAAGCAGGGUGUGGGCCUUAUGAAAUGCUCUGGUGGCCUGUAGGUUGGAGUCCCCUGUCCUAACCCAAUGAAAUGGCAUGAAAAUAGUUAGAGUAGGUUUAUUUGUAUAUUUGUAAUACACAGGAGAGCAGAACAGUGGUUUUUUUCUUAAUGGAUCAUUGAGGACAAUUUGAAAUUGCUCUCAGUCCUUCUCAGCAACAGUGUUUGCAUUUGCACGAAAGAUGAAAACGUACCACCCCUUUCUAGAGGUGGUGCGAUGCAGCCCAGACUGCGGCAGGACACAGCUAGGAAAUGUAUGUUUAGAAGAGCCAGUGACUAACUGAACAUAAGCACAUGGCUUACAUUGAAUCACCUAGUCCUAUAUUCUCUGCAGAUACUGUAUCUGGUAGGGCUUUUAUCCUGCUCCAAGGGCCUUGGCUUCUCAUCAGAGUUAGGCUGAGAAAGCAGAGGUAUAUCUAAAAAGUAGAGUAGUGUAGAUUGGUUAUUUUACUAUUUUAGAUAAUUAUGAACAGCUCCCCAUUGAAAUUUGAGAUCUGUAUAUUAUAAAUUGUAACCACCAACUCCUCUAAUGCUCACAUAGAAGUAAUCAGACUAGUGAGAUCAUCUUGUACUUGAAACGUAAAACCAUACAUACACUAUACCAGACCAAAAUCCCACUGCAGUGGGACCUUAUCAUUUCAGAGAAUCCUGUGCUGAAGGAAGGAAAGUUAUGACUAUCCCACUACAAAGCACCUGCCUCUGAAAAGGGAAAAGUGUCUAGCAGAUCAAGGGAUAAAGAAUAACCUCUUAAAUGUUUGGGAUCCUGGUGUAAUUACAUUGAAGUCUGUGGAGUUGCACCAGGUCUGAACUUGGCCCAGCUUUAUUGCCUGUACUGGAGUUGUACCUACUGAGGUAGGAAUUUGGCCCACUGUCUAAACUUUGCUGGUGAAGGGACUUUGCCAAGACGACUCACUGUUGGGUAAUGUGAAAACCUCUCCCUGGACAUAACUUGGACUGUACCUGUGGUUACAAGUCUGAGGCUCGAAACUUCACUUCAGAUGAAAGACCAGGGAAAUUGACCUAAUACACAUGCACCUAUGUCAGUCCAGGCGUAGCUAGAUCAAAAACUAUUGCAAAACAGUAAAACAAAUUUUUGGAAACAUUUGAUAUCUGAUUCUGAUCUCUUUGCUGUGGUGUCAAUCUGGAGUAAUGUCACUGAAGCCAGACUAACAUCUGGGUAAAGCUGGAGUGAGACCAAAAUCAGGCCCUUACAGUUCAAGUUAUGGCCUCAAUUGACAAAUUAUGAUUUGAGUAUCAUUCCGAUAAAGAAAAUUAAUUAAAAUAGCCAUUGGAUUAACUAGUUUUUAACAUUGGUGUCCUCCUAAUUAAUGAUUCAGUCUGAGAGUGCAUUUGAAAAUAAAAUAGCCAAACUACUGGGGUAAGAUCCUUCUGCCUUAAUUUUUUGACAAAUGCGUGUUCUCAUAAAGGUUGAGGUUUUCUCACUUGAGCUGUCUGGGAAAGGGGAAAGUGGGUCAUGUAAGCACCUAGAUUCUGCCUCCUACCUUCUCUAGGGUUGUGAAAAUAAGCCUGACCUUCAAAGUGUGCCCCUGGAAGAGCAGACUGAUGAGAACUGCUGAAGCAAGUCCUGCACCUUGAAGCUCCCUUUCUAGAGGCCUGAUCCUGCGAGGCCCUGAAUGCCUCCUGGGAGAUGCAACUGAAGGUGCUCAGCAUUUCACAGUGCCAGACCUUGAUAUUUCUGCCACACUGUGUUCGAGUCUCAACAUGACAAACGAGUCACUUGCGUGCCCCAGGAGGGCCAGUGGAGCAAUCCUCGCAUUCACCAGUGGUAUUCAGGCACAAGAGCAUGUGGCAGCUGUUGCAGUGGGUCCAAGCAGAGGGGCACGUGACUGUUUUCAAGCCAUUGAGUCCCUAAUUCUGAUUGCAUCCGCAUCCUUAGAAGUAUCUAAACUUGGUCCUGUUGACUAGAGGGGAUAAGACUAGCCAGGCUAAACAGUGGCUUCCUAUCUGUGCUCAAAGUGCCUUGUUGGAGCCCUCGUCUCUCUUGCAUUGUGGCUGCUCACGGCCCCUGCAGCAGGGAGUGCCUACGCGCAGGCAUAGCCCUGUGGCUGGUUUGAGUGGCAGUGGUAUUGAUGCAACCUCUGCAGCCAGAAGAAGAAUGGCUCCAUUAUGAGGCCUUCAGUACCCCUCCCUCUGGAGUGGAGCAGGGAGUAGCUAGGAAUCCACCCGUAUGGUACCUUAUCACAACACACGCAAAACUGGAAGGCAAACAGAAGCAUUCCCAUUAGGCAUAGCCUUCGCUCCAAGAGUGCUCUGACUCUUCCCAAGUGUUUUUAAACAUGGCCCCUUAUCUGAUGCUGUGACUACACCUGGCAUUACUUCCACGUCCCCGUUUUUUGUUUGCACAUUUGCUGGCACCACUAACGGGUUGGAGCGAGCGAACGCACCAAGCAAGAAGCCGCCUGGCAAAAUGGACUGUAGCUCAUCUGUAGCUGUGGUGUGCAGGACCGGAGACUGCUGUGAAGCUGUUCUGGCAACUGAAAUGUGAACAAGAGAACAUUCAAUUGGCAGAUGUAUCACAAAUGUACAUAGUAAUGUAAUGUACAGAAGUAACUGUGGUGUGGGUUUUUAUUGUUGUUGAAGUCCUGAAUAUAUUUUAAAGAGAAUUAGCUCCGUCCCCACCUGAAUACUGUGGGGACAGAACUCUUCUCCUCUAUUGAUCAAAUCUUUGGUUGGGAAGAAAAUAAUCUACCAGCUCUUUUAAAAUAUGACAUGAAGUCUUGAUGUCCAGGAGUUUUAGACUAUUUAUUUUUUACUGAUCACUGUAGUGAAACGUAUUGUUUCUCCCCUGCAUUUGCUUUAUCUGGGGAAAGGGCACAGGAAUGGAAAAUUUGUACUUGAAAUUGAAGUUCAAUCUCUGGAAAUAAAAUGUUGGGGAAACAUCCAA